GUCCUGCCACUGCCAUGUUGGAUGGAACAGGCUGCGGGCUCUCAGGCUGUCGGACUUCCCAGGAAAGUUUUUACCGUUUUCCGCUCUCGUUGUCACCUUAUCUCCUCAAGUAGUCAAACCGGGACUGCCGUUCUUAAAAAGGGCGCACACUUUAUAAAAGCACAACUGUGCUAUCGCUGGGGUUAAACCGACUUGAGAAGCAGGGUGGUCGGAGGAAGGCCACGGAUGACCCGAGUAUUGUUUAUGGAUCGUUUUGGACUCGGUUCUUAGAGUCAAACUUCAAUUUAUUUCUUCAUCGAUGAUGAGUGGAUUUCUUAAGCAGCAGCGGCAAUCUAAUGUCGGUUCCAUACUGCUGACGCCGCAAGAGAAUGAGUCCAUUUUCAACCACCUUGGCAGGAAAUGCAUUAGUUUGUCCUCAGCAGUGGUCCAGGUACUCACAUCAGAAAGGAACGCCACCUGGAACAAGAGAUGCUUCGGUGUGGCCUCUCUGAUCAAGGACAACCCCCAGCGGGCCUACUUCAUCCGAGUCUAUGACAUCAAGGACGGCAAGAUGCUGUUUGAACAGGAGCUUUACACCAAUUUUGGCAUCAACCUCCCCAGGACAUACUUUAUCACGUUUGCUGGGGAUACGACACAAGUGGGCUUGAACUUUGCUAGCGAGGAGGAGGCCAAGCGUUUCCGAGGCCACAUUCUGGAACUUGUGGGCAAAAGACAAAGAAAAUCUGAGAAGAGACGCGAGCCUCCAAAUGGUCCCUCGCUGCCCAUGGCCACUGUGGACAUCAAAAACCCAGAGAUCAGCAACAUUCAGCGUUUCCAUAGUAACACCCAGGUGAACAACUUAAUGCACUCCACCUUCCCCAAGCGGGAGAAGAAAGUCAGAGGCAAAAAGAAGAGGCUGACCAAGGCAGACAUCGGCACACCCAGCAACUUUCAACACAUUGGACACGUGGGCUGGGAUCCAAACACAGGCUUUGACUUAAAUAACUUGGACCCCGAACUGAAGAACCUCUUUGACAUGUGCGGCAUCUCCGAGGCGCAACUUAAAGACAAAGAAACCUCCAAGGUUAUCUAUGACUUCAUCGAGAAGAAAGGAGGGGUGGAAGCUGUAAAAAAUGAGCUAAGGAGACAAGCUCCCCCACCCCCUCCAUCCAGAGGUGGACCGCCGCCCCCGCCUCCACACCACACCUCGGCCCCUCCGCCCCCGCCGCCCGCCCGCGGCAGAGGCGCUCCACCGCCCCCUCCGCCCUCCAGAGCCCCCUUCUCGGCGCCGCCGCCGCCGCCUCCGUCUCGGCCGGGCAUGAUCUCUCCCCCGCCACCUCCGCCAAGCCGGGGCUUCCUGCCGCCGCCCCCGCCACCAGCCCACUCCUCCACCCUAACGCCACCUCCCCCACCACCUCCCAUGACGACGUCCAUUCCAUUCGGCACCGGAGCACCGCCGCCUCCUCCGCCGCCACCUCCUGGACCACCUCCACCUGGCAUGUCCAUGGAGGCUAACGGAGGCGACAGCGGGGGAAAGUCGGCCUUGCUGAGUCAGAUCCGGGAAGGCACCCAGCUGAAGAAGAUGGAGCAGAAAGAGCGGCCCGUCUCCAACGUUGGACGAGACGCGCUCCUGGGCCAAAUCCGACAAGGAAUCCAACUUAAAGCUAGGGACGAUAAUGACUCGCCUCCGUCUUCCAUGGCUCCCUCGGCCGGCAUUGUGGGCGCUCUGAUGGAGGUGAUGCAGAAGAGGAGCAAGGCCAUUCACUCAUCAGACGAGGACGAGGACGAUGAAGACGAUGAGGACUUUGAAGACGAGGACGAGUGGGAGGACUAGUCAUGUUUUUAGAUAAUUAUGACACUUAAAUCUUUAAUUUGAAAUUACAAAAAUGUAAAUGUUCUAUCAAUUUGCUGUAUAUUUUUGUUGCCUUUAUGCUUCUUCUUUUUGUAUUAAUCUGUGCAAUACCUCAUUUAAUCUUAUCCGUUUUGUACUGUCCUCCAUCAGUGGCUCGUCUCUCACCACACAUUCCCUGCAUCCUGUCUCUCUCAUCGUCCCAACUAUAGCGUGCAGUUUUGACGUCAAGCUAACAUUUUUGUUAUUAGAGGCCUCCGUGGAGCGGGGGGGAAAAAAAGAAAAAGCUAUUUUCAUACCCUAAUUGUGGUUUAUUUUUGACAAAUCUAAAGAUCCUAGUUUAGCACUCAUAUUUUCUUUGAAAAAGUAAGAGAAUAUUUAGCCUCAUCUGAUGUCCUGUGUAAAUUUGCCCCAGAUUGUUCUAUUUUUCUUGUUUUUGCACAGAAAGACUUGCUGCAUUUUCAGGUCGGUCUCCUAUGUAUGCUUUAAGAGAUGAGAAAGAGGAGUUUUGCGGUGGUAUAUUGAUGGUUCACACUUACUUUCUUUAAAUAAACUGACAAUGUUAUAUUAAUAAGUGACGUUUUUGACAGAGUAACGAUAUACAGUAUACCAUUGAAACUCUUGAGGCACUUGGACAGAAAACCUUUAUUGUUUAGCAAAUAACACUACAUUCAAGUGGAGUCACUGCAGGGUUUGUUUUAUCUUUUUUUUUACUUUACAAUAUCAAGUAUUGAAAAUAUUUGUUGGAAUCGGGUCAUUGAUGUAAAAUUUGAGGAAUAAAGACAUUUUUAGUUGUA